AUGUCUAACAUAGUUGGAAUAGAGCAUGACAGAGUGACAAACACCACGUCCACAGACUUUCCUGGAUAUUCUGCAGAUUCUGUAGGUACGGAAUGGAGUAUGGAAAACUUCAGGAAGAACUUCAAGUUGGACAUUUCCUUUAUCUCCGAGAGAACCGCCAACUUUGAUUUGAUUGGUAUCGAUACCUCCAUUGCGAAUGCCUUCCGUCGGAUCAUGAUUGCCGAGGUUCCAUCUGUUGCUCCAGAGUAUGUGUACGUUUUCAACAACACCUCUGUUAUACAAGACGAAGUUCUAGCGCAUAGAAUUGGUUUGGUUCCCUUGAAAGUAGAUCCAGACCAACUGACUUGGAUCAACAAGGAUGCAGAAGAAAAGGAUAAGUUCACGGAUGAUAAUACAAUUGUUUUGUCGUUAGAUGUGGUAUGUUCGAAAAACCCGAACGCUAAUCCAAAUUCAAAUGAUCCCGACAAUCUUUAUAGAAACCAUAAAGUCUAUGCCAAACAUUUGAAAUUCGAACCUCAGGGCCGCCAGGUUGAUCUCUUUGCUAAUAAUCCAGUGGUCCCCUGCGAUCCAAACAUCCUUUUGGCGAAGCUAAGACCAGGUCAAGAAAUAUCACUUAGAGUGCACUGUGUUUUAGGUAUCGGUGCAGAUCAUGCCAAGUUUUCUCCUGUCUCGACUGCUUCUUACAGACUUUUGCCGGUUAUUGACAUCAAGGAGCCAAUCACCGGUAAAGAUGCUUUGGAAUUCCAAAACUGUUUCCCCUCUGGUGUCAUUGGUAUAAACGACAAAGGUGAGGCCUUUGUUAAAGACUCAAGAAAAGAUACAGUUUCCAGAGAAGUGCUAAGACAUGAGAAAUUCAACGGCAAAGUUAAAUUAGGAAGAAAAAGAGAUCAUUUUAUCUUUAAUAUCGAAAGUACAGGCGCUAUGCCACCUGAAGAAAUCUUUUUCAAAUCUGUUAGAAUCCUCAGAAACAAGGCUGAAUAUUUAAGAAAUUGCCCAAUUGGUAACUUGAAUUGA